CCAGCAAUGUAGAUCCCCAGCUAUUGUGAUAAACCAAGGCACGACUCCCAUACGUGAUAGCUCAUGCAUCUCCCAUACGUUUCUCACACAAUCGUACAGCCGUCCUUUGGUCCUUCAGCUUUCUAGUGCUCUGCGUAUCUCUAUCUAGAACUUGCGCCGUGGCGUGAGGCGCAACGCUCGUCGAUUAUUUUCCUUCUUUCCUUGAUUGAUAAGUGGUGCGCCAAUGAGGUCCUCACACGCGUUCAGAUGGCGGUGCGUUGCACUAGUUUCUGCGCUCCUCCUCAUAGCCGCCCCGGUGAGCCACGGCCUCUCGGGCGACGUGCCCGCGGGCGACGCUCUCAGUGAGCGCGGCGACGCGUUUGAUCAGGAGCUCAUGCUCGCCAACAUGCCCACGCUGCUCUCCGCCGACUCGCCCUCCGCCACCGCCGCCACCGCCACCACCAGAAGCAUCAGCAGCAGCAGCAGCAGCAGCAGCAGUGCCAGCAGCGACGAUAGCGCCCAGGAUAGCGACGUUUCCGUUGAAAGCAGCUCCGAGACACCGCCGCCGCCGCCGUCGCCGCCGUCGGAGAGUCCUUUGAAGGCGACGGAGGGCGGCAAGCCCAAGGUGGCGACGACGCAGGCGGCGGGUUCGAGCUGCGACAUCUACGACGGCUCGUGGGUCGCCGACCGGGCUAACCGCCCCGCCUACGACAUGACCUCCUGUCCCUUCCUCAAGGACGUCGCCCCCACCACCAAUUGUCUUGACCCCAAGAGGAAACGCAACCCCAGCUGGCUGUAUUAUUCUUGGAAACCUCGCAACUGUGGAGGGCGCACAGUACGAUUCUCGCCGACCAAGUUUUUGAAUCGCAUGCGGAACAAGUCCAUCGCCAUGGUGGGCGACUCGCUCAUGUACGAGGGCUUCCUGCCCUCGCUGCUCUGCCAGAUCAACACCGUGGCGAAGGUGACCAAGGUGGCGGACGACGGUUUGAGCAAGUUCGUGUGGCGCGUGGCGGGGUACAACGUGACGGUGGUCAACUACUGGAGCCCGUUCCUCAUGGCGUACUCCACGCAGAACGACGUGCUGCGCCGCAUCAAGGUGACCAACCCCGGGCUGGGCGACACGGCCGUCAACCUGCACACCUUCGACCCCACGUGGUUCGACAAGAUCGGCCGCUUCGGCCUCGUCGUCUUCCAGUCUGCCACGCACUGGCCGCACGCCAACACGUGGCUGCGGCGCUUCUUCGUGAACCGCAAGUGGCAGCUCAUCAAGCCCGAGCCCGGCACCGUGCAGGCCUACAAGAUGGCGCUCCGCCGCCUGGCGCGCACGUUCGACGCGAAGAGCGUGAAGCGGUGGCACCUGCCGCCCAUGUACUUCCUCUCCGCGCCGCCCCGCCUCGCUGGCUGCCAGGGCGCCUCCACCAUCAGCUCGCCGCAAAUGUAUAAGUUUUUUGAGCGCAACAAUUCGCAGAGCCGCGUGUGGUACCCGGCGCAGGCGGGCAUCUUCAAGGGCAGCCGCACGAUCCGCCUGGUGGAUAUCACGCACCCCUCGCUCUUCCGCUCCGACGCCAUGCUCGCCUCGCAGCGCCCCCGCUCCCAGGACUGCCUGCACCCCUGCAUGCCCGGCCUCCCCGACACCUGGGUCGACCUCUUCUACGAAACGUGGCGGAGAGAGAACGGCGUUGUGUGACGGGUGUGAAGAGGAGGAGGGGGAAAGGGUGGGCUGCCCAAGGGGUAGUGGGUACAGGAGGCACUUGUGGUGCUAGUUGAUUUGACGAAGACGAGCAGAUGGCGCAAUGCUAAUGCGCUAGCAUGGUGGUAGGGAUAGCAGCGAAUCCUAAGGUUACUAGAGGCAGCAAAAUAAUACGACUGUACCGUACCAUGACGCCAUCAGCGCCUCAUAAGCCUGCUGCACUGUAACGAUAAUAGCAAGCAAGGCAGAGGGAUCAUGUUGAUGGGCAAUAGGACGCACUUACUGUAUACCGGUACACUGAAAGAUGUGACCAAGUGAAUAU